CAUCCAUGCUUGUGUGUGGUUCUCUUUUCCUUAUCUUUAAACUCCUCUAUAUAUAAAUAACAUGCAUUAUCUUCUUCAGAAACCCUCUUAAACUCUUAUUUUCUGUAACACACAAUCAUGUCAGAUAAAGUAAAUGGCUUGCCUGAAGACCAAGAGCUAAAGCUUCCAGACUUGUUGAACAGUGAUGCUGUUAGAGAAAUCCAUGCAACUAUUGAAAAAGAAUGGGGUUUCCUUCAAAGGUCAGCUUGUCAAACUGCUGCGGGAAGGGCUCUGUGGAAGCAUGCUAUCCAUGAUCCACUCGCUGACUUACUGGCAGGGGAGACUUACUUGAAAAAUCUCCAUGAAAAGAUCAAGAAAGACCGUCUCAGCAAUGCUCGUGAAAUUUCUGGGGUCAUUCUUGCGGUUCGAACCCUUUGGUUUGAUUCUAGACUACAAGAUGCCCUUAAUUCCCCAAAUGGAAGAGCAGCACAAGUUGUUCUCCUUGGUGCAGGAAUGGACACGAGAGCAUAUCGUUUGAGUUGCUUGAAGGAUAGCGAUGUGUUUGAGGUUGACUUUCCAGAAGUCUUGGAUGUAAAAACCACUAUUUUACAAGCGGCUAAGGACUCAGCAUUCGACUCCCAGCAUAUUAUUAUGUCCAAAGCCAAAUCCUUAACCAGAGUAGCAGCUGACAUAAAAGAAAGUGACUGGAUGGAAAAGCUUGAGAUUGCAGGGUACUUGCCACAGAAGAGCACCGUUUGGAUUCUAGAAGGUAUACUCUACUACCUCACCCAAACCCACGCCAUGCAAGUGCUAAGGAUUUUAGCUAACAAAUGCACCCUAACCCACACAGUCCUCUUAGCAGACUUCAUGAAUAAGCCGUCAACAACACUAUCCAAUUCAGCCUUCCAAUUUUACAGCGAUUGGCCAGACCAUCUCUUGCCAUCCAUUGGCUUCACUCAUGUAAAACUUUCACAAAUUGGAGACCCAGAUGCACAUUUUGGUCUCUUAAAUGAUCCGUUAAAUCUCUUCAACAAGCUCCGCAGCUUGCCUAGAUCAUUACAGACCAAUCCAGACGAUGGAACGCCAUGCUGUCGAUUGUACCUGGUGGAGGCUUCAGGUUCACCAGAUCAAAAUGCUUCACAUAAUGGGCCAAUCACUCAGUCCUGAUACGUAUAACCUUGUCCGCAAUUCAGGUCUACUCAUAGUCUUGUCUAGAUGCAUCCUCAUUAAUUGUAUUGCACAAUAGCACAUGGAAAGUAGAUAUCAAAUUUUAAUUUGCCACUUCGUCCA